UAUGCGUAUUGAUAUCCAAUAUACCAUGGACAUAGAAAUACCCACAUGACCAUACAGUCCAUUUAGAACGGUUCGAUGUUAUUGGUUAACAUCAGAGUUUCGAACUUCUCUUCCUUCUUGGGAUUGUAAACAAGUUUCUUUACAUUUGCUGCUUCGAAGCCUGCAUAAGAACGUGGACUUUAUCUUUGUGAGAAGUUGAUUCGACCGGGGAGGUACUAUAUGCGUAAAAGGCUAUGGAGGAUGAUUAAAAGCCGAUGACUGAUUUGUUGAAGACAAGUUUAGAUCACGAUGUCAUGAUGGGAUCAUUGUAUCAUCAUGAGGCGAAUGUUCAUGUACUAGCAGUAAUGCGCUCAAAGUGAAGGCAUUUGUCAAUAAAUAUGAAGAGAACUCUCGACUUGGAUCUCAUAUAAAUUCCAAGCAGCACGACAGAAAGACAAUACCCCAGGAUACUAAAGGUCAGGUCAUCUUCCCACGACUGCGGAGGUGACCAAGCAUGUUGAGGACCGUCAAGAUGAGGACUGCUAUUGCUGUGUUCAUCAUUUCUUUUCUAUCACUGGCAGCACUCAGCAGUGCUAAUACAACGACAGCCUGUUAUGAGGGAAGAUUCUUACUGCAGGAGACCUGCACGCCAACUCAGUACAUACUGAUCUACUCAGUCGAAAGCCAAGAAGUUAGUCGCUGCAAUGAUAACAGCUCGGGUGCUCUGUGGUCAAGAAGCGGUCUCGCAGUCCAUUUUGCCUGGGAGUGGUGUAACCUGCAAAAGGAAAGAUGUACAACUGGAAACCUAUCUAACGCUACCUACUUAAGAAUGAAUUAUACUUGCGUUAAUGAAUCGUUUUCGACACGGAGGUUCAAUAUGUGCUCAGAUGUAAGCGAGGUGAUGUCAACUCCAGUUUACCUUCAGAGCCCAGGAUAUCCAGGCUAUUAUAGCUACACCAAUGCAACAAACUGCACUUGUUCUAUAUCAGUGUCUCAAAACCAAACCCUCGGUGACUUCUGGUUGACACUGUAUGACAUGUUCACUGGGCUGCCCGAGACACUGACUUUGAAAUUGAGUAAUGGUACAAAUAAAAAAUUAACCACUGUUACCAAUAUUAUUACGGGUUAUAUACUAAAUCAGGAGACGACAAACAUUUCUCCUGCUCUCUCUGUGUCGUUUGUUCCCAUGUAUUCUAGUCUAGGAUACUUUUGGAUCGGAUUAAAAAGUAGAGCUCCUCUAAACAUAUCGAUAACCUGCAAUGAAUUUCCGGGAACAUCAACGACCUCACCACCUGCCACUUCGACAACGUCGGUGCCAGCAAAGAGUACGCCAACGACGACAACUAAUGAAACAACAACACCGACCACAAAAACAACCACAACUUAUGAAACAGCAACUACGGAAACAACAGCGACGGCAACUAUAUAUGAAACAACAACACCGACCACAAAAACAACCACAACUAAUGAAACAGCAACUACGGAAACAACAGCGACGGCAACUAAUGAAAGAACAACACCGACCACAAAAACAACCACAACUAAUGAAACAGCAACUACGGAAAAAACAGCGACGGCAACUAAUGAAACAACAACACCGACCACAAAAACAACCACAACUAAUGAAACAGCAACUACGGAGACAACAGCGACGACAACUAAUGAAACAACAACAACUGAAAUGGCGACGAAUACGGACACAAAAAUGCCGACAGGGACUCUAAGCUCAGUAAAACCGGCUGCUAUUGUGAUGGCGGAAGACGACCUAAAAACCAUCUCCAUUGCGAUACCUACUGUGGUCAUAGCGAUAAUUAUCAUCAUUGUUAUCGUUGUCAUAGUCAAGAAGCGGCAGAAAUCAAACGACGCCAAGUUUGAAGACACGGUUAGGUUUAGUGUCCCAGACUACGGGGUGGAGAGUCUGUACGCCAAGGAGAACUUCGCCAUGGAUAUGGUUGACAAUGAAAUCUACGAAUCACAGGAUAGCUUAGGAAAUGGUAGCCUAUCGGGGCCCGUGUCGUCGUAUGGAGUGGGCGUUGCCUUCGGUACGUUCAAAGGUGAGAAUGUUCGCCAGAGGUCAAAUGAGGAAUUGAACGACAAGGGAGAAGAGAAGGAUAUACACAGGGGGAUGAUUCCGCUGCCCAAGUCUGUAACAUUUGGUGGCGAGGAUUUAUUGUUAGGGGUCGGGGCUGCAGUGCCCUCUGACGGUGACGAAGUGAUUUACGCCCAGAUCAGCAAACCUAAGAAAAAUAAAAACCCGGAAGAUGACCGAGUUCAGGGUCUGACUUCCAUCCUAAGCCCAAGUCAUCCAAAUGAACGCCAAGAUCAGUUAGUGUCCGAUUCAAAUCCGGUUGAAAACGAAACAGACUACUCAUUAACAGAUGAUUUUGAUGACCCGAACAAGUGCAGUGGCGUUGGUUCAAGGUCAAAUGAUGGUGAAGAUGCUGAUGAUGACUAUGCAUAUGCGUACGCGCGCAGACGAGGUAGAGGAACCUCGAAACGACGUGAGCCACAAGAAAGUGUACGCAUUUACGACGACAUAGAAAGCGAUGAUUCUGAAUUUGCUGAGUCGGAUAUCGAUGGAGUCUUUCGGGAGGCUAUUGAACCUCAAAUUGAGCUCAACGGUCAUGAAACUGAGUGUGCAGACGGGAUUAGAGACUAUGACGAGUUGGAGUUUGAGGGCCAGAAGCACAAGAGGCAAAUUGACGAUAUCGUACAUGUGCAAAGAACUGAUCUUUAGGUACACGGGCGUCACAAACAUGCAGCAAAGGAUCAUAUAAAAAUAGGUCGAAGCCAGAAUAUCUUACUUUCUAAAGAGAGACUAAUGUAAGAACGAAAUAAUCUAUUCAGAUGUGUACAGUCUAUUUCUUUAUUUUUCGUAUGGCACAUUGAAUUUAUAUUUCAAUUUUCAUACAAGUAUCGUUGCAUUGACCUUGUAUGUUUUUUUAUGUAACAAUAAUAGGCUCCGUAGCCCUUUGUGAAUGUUUGCAGCCACAAUAAAGAUUUUAAUCGAAUUAAGCUGCUGGUCACUGACGGAAUUCAAAAUUGUAUUCCAGAAUUCGUUCAUAAUGCCCCUUUGAUUAUCCUUUUACCCUGAUAACCCAACCCCUCCAGCACACUUUUUGUACAUGACCAGGUUUCCAGGCAAACGGCUCCAUCAGGAAUUUAUUUUUAUUUAUUUCGAAAAUUAAAUUGUUAUUUAAAUUUCUGCACAACGUUUAAGAAUGUAUCUGUAUUAUUAUCCAUUUUUUAGCUGUCAUUAUGUCAUAUGUCGCCAGUUCUAACCGGUUGACAACUUGAGUUCUUCCCUCAAAAAAUGCCUCCAAAGCAAUUUAUAUUCGAUUUUUCAAUUCGUAGUUCAAGCCUGCAGGCAACAUAAUUUGUAUAUCGUUAACCAGA